CGCCACUCACUAGUCAAUACCCAGCUUCCGCUAAUAGUUUUUGCGCCACUCACUCUUAUAUCGAUUCUCUUUUCUCCAGAGACAAUUAGCUUGGCAAUGGCUUCCACGCCAUGCCCAAAUCUUUAUAUUAACAAGAUACUUUGCAGAAACAGCUCGAUUUCUGUCGUGGGUUUAUUAUCAUGUCCAUUUCAGCAACCGAGGUCUCAGAUUUUGCUCAAAGAAAGGAUCUGUUCUCAAGACUUCUCACACGAACUUUCCCCUUGCCUGAAGAGAUCUUCUUUUUCUUCAAUGUCGAAGAAAUCAAUUUCUAUAAUCCCAAGAUGCAGUGGUUCUUCUAACCUAAGUGAGGAUGAAACCUCAAACUCGGAGAAGAAACCUUUUGGAUAUUCAAGGAAGGAUGUUAUACUAAUAGGAGUUGGGCUUACCGUUGUUGGCAUUGGCUUGAAAAGUGGAUUGGAGUAUGUUGGAGUUGAUCCCUUGCAGGCUGGAAAUGUUGUUCAGUUAGUUCUGGUUUUAGGUCUUACGAUAGGUUGGAUUUCAACAUAUAUUUUCAGAGUCUCAAACAAGGAAAUGACAUAUGCCCAACAGCUACGUGACUAUGAAGACAAAGUGAUGCAGAAAAGACUGGAGAGUCUAACAGAGGCGGAGAUAGAAGCAUUGCUUCAACAGGUUGAGGAAGAAAAGCAGCGGUUGGCAGGUGAAGAACAGGUUAAAUAGUUGUUUCAUGUAGUGUAUAUGCAUAUGAAAAUAGAAUGAGAGCAGCAUGAAACCUCCUGAAACUGAAACUUGUGUAUAAAGUCAUCUUCAUGAGUUACAAGUACUUUUGUAUUCACUAGGUAAUGAAUAGUGCAGAAGAGUACAUGAAAAGUGUGUGUUUUUCAUGCCGAUGCCCUUAUGAAAUGGGGCAGAAGUUCAUAACAAAUUGAAAUGGAUUAAAAAUAUUUUUAUUUUUAAACGAAUUGAAUAUUUCUUGGAGGGAGUA